AUGAAGUCAAAGAAUGCUAUCAUCUGGGGUCUAAUACUCAAAUUUGGUAAUUUGGCCCUUGUGGUGAUGGACACCGCAUUCUGGCAGAAGUCCUUUGCGACUGAAGUGAAGGCCACCGUACCAGGCUAUAAUCUAGCGGCAGCGGCGAUUUUCGGCAUCCCCUGGGGUUUGGGAACAGUGAUCGGACUCACUGCGCGAGCAAUCCAUAAUACGCCUAUUUUCCCGACCUACCCUGGCGAGUUCACCCAAGCGGAAGUCAAUGCUGGCUUCGUCAUGCCAUACGUGAUCAAAGCUCUUAUAGGCAACCAGGGCAUCGUUGCAUUCUUUGUUCUUCUGUUCAUGGCACUUACCAGCACUGUGUCUUCCUCGAUGAUUGCUGUUAGUAGCAUCUUGUCUUUCGAUAUUUACAAGACAUACAUCAAUCCCAAGGCUACAGACAAGAAACUUGUCCAAGUCAGCCAUUACGCCGUAGUCUUUCAUGCUGUAUUCAUCACUGGAAUAUCGCUGGCGUUAAAUUACGGCGGUGCUGAUAUGACAUGGAUUGGUUACUUCAGGCCUAUUCUCUCCUGUCCUGGUAUUAUCCCUCUAGCAUUGACUCUUUGCUGGUCUGGCCAAACACGCCUAGCUGCUAUUCUAUCGCCCGUUCUCGGUUUCUUCACGGGUCUUGCUAUUUGGCUGGGAACGGCUAAGGCGCUGUAUCACGAUAUCAACAUGGCCACGACAGAACAAGGUCUCCCGGCACUCUAUGGUGCAUGUGGUUCCCUAUUCUCGCCUGCUAUUUACUCCGUCAUUAUCUCGCUGUACAAACCAACCAAAUUUGAUUGGCGGCAGUUCUUGCGCAUUGAACUCGCUGACGAGGCUCAGCUGCAUGCAGAUGAUACGCCAAAAUCGCCAUCCUUGUCCAUCGACGAAAAGAAGAACACUCUCGACAAGAGUGAUGAUAAAGUUCUUUCUCAACAAACAAAUGGCGGUGUUUUCGUAAGUGCUUCGUCUAAUGAAACUGUUCAGCCACUGCCUUCCGAUUCAGAGCAAGGCGCUGCAAUAGACGAGGACAAGAAGCAUCUACCCGACGUCACGCGCUCCACGGAUUCCUCUAUCAGCAUCAGUCUUGAUGAAGUUCGCCACCCUUUUAGUGAGGAGACAUUACAGGAGUUACACAGGUGGUACAAGAUUGCGUGGAUCAUCUGGAUUGUCAUUGUGCUGGUCACUUUCAUUGCGUGGCCUAUGCCUUUGUAUCGCAACUACAUAUUCACAAAGUCCUUCUUCUCUGGAUGGACUACAGUCGCCAUCAUCUGGCAAUUCUUCGCCUUCUUUGCAGUGGUAGUCUACCCGCUGUAUGACGGUCGUUACGAGAUUCUGACGGGUGUUCGGGGUGUUUACAAGGCUACUAGAUCAUUCUUCAAACAUGCAAGGCGCGAAAAAGCGUGA